AACAACUGAUUGCUACUUGCUAGGCAAAAUAAAAAAAAAAUUGUUUAAAACAAAAAUAUAUUUCUGAUACAUAAAUAAUUAUUAUUAUUUUUUUCAAAAUACGCUCACUGGGCCACCACCGUCCACCACCAGUCAUCAUCACGCCUAGAAAACAACAAACGAAUAACAAUAACAAUCGACGCGCUCGUACGUUGUUUGGCGAGCGCGAUAUUGAAAGAAAAAUUAAAAUUUUAUAAGUUCAAGAUACCUACAUUUUUAUCAAAAUUGUCUUGCUGUUGAAUUUUAUUGGAAUUAGCUGUUGCGAUGGACUCGGAUGAGGAUGCGUUGAACGAUAUAGACUCUGGAAAUGAAUCUAGCGGAGAUGAUGUGGAUUUUGCAAUGGAGGUUGAUGUGCGGCACGAACGUGAAAAAAACCAAGACGUUGAUGAUUUUCCCUUUGAAGUUCUGUCCACAGACAAUAUUGUUCAACACAUGAUUGAUUGCAUCAAAGACGUGAAUACUGUGCUUCAAAUGCCUGCUACAACGACUCGCAUUUUGUUGAAUCAUUUUAAAUGGGACAAAGAAAAGUUAAUGGAACGGUUUUACGAUGGUGACCAGGAUAAAUUAUUCUCUGAGGCUAGAGUAAUAAAUCCAUUUAAAAGAACUCAACCAAUUAUACAGAGGCCAACAUCUACACGUAGUAGAGGUACUCCUGGAAUGGAAGAUUGUGCUAUUUGCUUUGUAAGGCUCCCAAACAAUAUGAUGACUGGAUUAGAAUGUAAUCAUCGAUUCUGUACACAAUGUUGGACAGAAUAUUUAACAACAAAAAUUAUUGAAGAAGGUGUUGGUCAAACAAUUGCAUGUGCAGCAAGUGGUUGUGAUAUAUUAGUCGAUGAUGCCACUGUUAUGCGAUUAGUCAGAGAUCCAAAAGUUCGAAUGAAAUAUCAACAUCUGAUUACUAAUAGUUUUGUUGAAUGUAACAGAUUAUUACGUUGGUGUCCAUCACCUGACUGCAAUAAUGUUAUUAAAGCCCAGUAUAUUGAUUCAAAACCAGUGAUCUGUCGAUGUUUGCAUGUAUUUUGUUUUGUGUGUGGAGAAAAUUGGCAUGAUCCUGUUAAAUGUAAUUUAUUAAGGAAAUGGAUCAAAAAAUGUGAUGAUGAUUCAGAAACUUCAAAUUGGAUUGCAGCUAAUACUAAAGAGUGUCCUAAAUGUAAUGUAACUAUAGAAAAAGAUGGUGGUUGCAACCAUAUGGUUUGUAAAAAUCAAAAUUGCAAAACUGACUUUUGUUGGGUAUGCCUUGGCCCAUGGGAACCACACGGAUCUUCAUGGUAUAACUGUAAUCGGUAUGAUGAAGAAGAAGCUAAAGCUGCUAGAGAUGCUCAAGAAAGAUCCAGAGCUGCCUUACAGAGGUAUCUUUUCUACUGUAACCGUUAUAUGAAUCAUAUGCAAUCGCUUAAGUUUGAACACAAACUUUAUGCUAGUGUUAAAGAAAAAAUGGAAGAAAUGCAACAACAUAACAUGUCUUGGAUUGAGGUACAAUUUUUAAAAAAAGCUGUUGAUAUAUUAUGUCAAUGUAGACAAACACUUAUGUACACUUAUGUGUUUGCAUACUAUUUGAAGAAGAAUAACCAAUCAGUUCUUUUUGAGGAUAACCAGCGAGACUUAGAAAGUGCUACUGAAACUCUAUCAGAGUAUUUAGAAAGAGAUAUCACUUCAGAAAAUUUAGCUGACAUCAAGCAGAAAGUUCAAGAUAAAUAUCGUUACUGCGAAAGUCGGCGAAAAGUGUUGUUAGAGCAUGUUCACGAAGGUUAUGAGAAAGACUGGUGGGAUUACACAGAAAAGUUGUGAACUAGUCACAUAUAUCUGUGAUAUAAAAUUAAGUAUACAUACAAAAUACAACACAUUUACACAAACAUGUUUAAAAAAAUUUUAACUACCAUAAACUAUAUAUUAUAUAUUAUAUAUAUAUUUAUGUUUAUGUACUAAUAAUUAUAAGUCAGAAAUUUAAAAAUACUGAACAACUGUAGCUUUAUUUACUAUAUUUUUUUUAGUAAUUAAUACAUUUGUAAUUUAUAAGUAGCAAUGUCCUCGCUGUAUAUCUUAUAUUAUGAAUAUUUUUAUUAAUUUUAUUUUUUAAUUAUAAUUUAAGGUUUUUUGGCCUUAUUUCCAUUGUUUCAAUAUUGUUGACGAGAAAAAAAAUCAUCUGUAUGACGUAAUCAUUUUUUAUCAUAAGUUUUAUCCUUGAUAGAAUAAUUUACAUCUUCAAAAAUUGCUCAUUAUUCUAUAUAAUUAUUAUAUACCUACUAAAUUAAUUGAAGUCUAGUAUCUAAUAAAAUUAAAUUGUAUAUCAGAAAACCUAAGACUCACAUUGUCCAAUUAAAAUACAUUUUUCUCAAAACAGUUAAAAUUAAACUUUAAAGUAUAUUUUCAGGGUACUCACUACUGUGAUAAUAUAGAUUUGAAUUGGAAAGAAGUGUACUUUAUCGGUAUUCUUAAAGUCUUGUUGGUAUUUUGAUUUUUUCAUGUUAAUUUAAAUUAUAUUUAAAAAAAAAAAGUUUUAUUUUGUGUUAUUUUGUGAUAGCUUAGGCUGUACAUUUUAUUUUCAAAUUUUCUUUUUGUUUACAUAAUAAUUUAUAACUAAAUUUAAUAUUGUACAAGGUAUAGUGUGUUAUGGUAUAUAGUGAGUAUUCUAUUAAAAUACAUCGUGACAUUUUCUUAAUUUGACAAGAUUCCAAAAUUGAAAUUUAAUUUGAAGUGUUUUUUAGCAACAUGUAUAUUAUAGUAUUAACAUUUACAGUAUAAAAGAUUGUUUUGUAAAAUGAAAUUGAUUUUUUUUAAUUGAAUGCUCACAAUAUAUAAUUUUGUAUCACUAUUUCCUAUCUGCUUCCAAUAUAUGAAAUAUCAUUGUAGAUUUGCAUAAUAAUAUAUAUUGUAGAUUAUAAAUUAUUUAUUCACAAGUACAGAAAAUAACUUAUAAACUAAAAUUAGUUUUGUAUUUUUGAUGGUGCAUGAAAGUAAUGUAUUCCAUUUAAAAAAAAACUUAAAAUUAUCUAUCGGAUAUGAAUAAUUUAUUUAUUUUUACUCUGAAAAAUGAUUACAAAUAUAUUUGUGUUGUGUUUAAUGUAAAUUAUUGUAUUCAACUGAUAAAAUUCUAAUUUUUAAUUGAAUGUUAUUAAUUAUUCAGAUUAUAAGUACAUAAACCUUUUAUUGAGCUCUAUGUAUUUAAUUUAAAUGAUGCUAAUUUUAUGAUUUUUUUUUUUUCAUUGAUUAUAUAAUAUAUAAAAUAUAGUAUAUGCCAUAUGGUAAUAAUGAUUUAUUUUUUAUUUAGAUUUUAAAAUCAUAGUUCUUAUUGUUAGUUUAUUGUAUUCAUAAGUAUAUACACAAGUGUAUAAAUAAUAUGAUUCUCAUUCUAUUUUAGUUAAAAAUAUUUUUUUUAGUUUAUAUACCAGAGUAUUUUUUUAUAUUCUUUCAAUUUAUAAAAAAUAUUGAUCCUAAAUUCUGAAAAUACAUUUCAACAUUUUUAAUAUCA